AUAGGGGGGUAGAUAGAGGAGUGGAUGGAGGGGUGGCAGAAAGCUGCAUAGCAGGAAUUCAGGGAUAGGUAGAAGGACCCCAGUGUGAAGAGGGUCCCAGGGCUGUAUAGGGGGGAGCAGCCCACGACCCCUGGGCCAGACAAUGGGCUGUGGGGGACCUUGGGCCUGUGUCCCCCUGUUUGUGCUGCUGCUGCUGCUGGCUGCGGGGGGUGAGCGGCACCGGCCCCCCAGGUGGAAAUGCCCCAUCGUCUGCAGCUGCACCCAGGACAACGCACUAUGUGACAGGACAGACGGGGUCCCCCGAGGACUGCCCCCCGACAUCACCUCCCUGUCCCUGGUGCGAUCUGGAUUCACUGAGCUCCGAGAGGGAAGUUUCCUGCAGACGCCGUCCCUGCAGCUGCUCUUGUUCACGUCCAGCACCCUGGGGCUGAUCAGGGACGAUGCCUUCGUGGGACUCCUGCACCUGGAGUAUCUGUUCAUCGAGAACAACAAAGUCGGCUCCAUUUCCAAGAACGCACUGCGGGGCCUCAGGGGGCUCGUGCGUCUGAGCCUGGCACACAACCAGCUGGAGACGCUGCCGCGCCACCUGUUCCGGGGCCUGGACGCCCUCACCCAUGUGGACCUGCGGGGGAACCCCUUCCACUGCGACUGCCGGAUCAAGUGGCUGGUGGAGUGGCUGAGCAGCACCAAUGCCAGCGCGGAGCUGGGCGAGUGCCAGGGCCCAGGCGAGGUCAAUGGCACCCAGCUGAGCCAGCUGCACCUCCAGGACUUUGACUGCAUUACCACCGCGCUGGCGCUGUUCCAGUCGCUGCCCUUCCAGGCGCUGUCGGUGGAGCCGUUCUGGUACCAGGGGGAGCAGCACGUGGCCAUCACCCAGCCCUUCGCCGGGUGCUGCAGCCUGCUUGAGUGGGACCACCUGGACGGGGCCUUCCGGGCCUACGCCUCCAUCAAUGGCUCAUCGCCUGUGGCCUGCAAGCCGCUGGUGGUGGAGGGGCGGCUGCUGGUUGUGCUGGCGCAGCUGGCCGGGGGUUCCCAUGUGUGGCGCCGGGAGGAGGCCUCGGGGCGUUUCGUGCGGCUGCAGGAGCUGGGCCCGCAGCGUAUCCGCAAGCCCAACGCCCUGGCCAGCUUCCGGGUGGACGGCGACUGGUUCCUGGCUGUGGCCGACAGCUCCAAGGCGGGCGCCACCACGCUCUUCCGCUGGGGCGGGCGCGGCUUCUACGCUCACCAGGCCCUGCACGCCUGGCACCGCGACACCCACGUGGAGUUCCUGGAGCUCGCUGGCCGGCCCAGCCUCAUCCUGGCCAGCAGCUCCCAGCGCCCCGUGGUCUACCAGUGGAGCCGGCCCGGCCGUGCCUUCCUGCGCCACACGGAUAUCCCCGACAUGGACGACGUCUACGCCGUUAAGCACUUCCGCCUGCGCGGGGACGUCUAUGUCUGCCUGACCCGCUUCAUUGGUGACUCCAAGGUGAUGCGCUGGGAAGGCUCCAUGUUCCGGGACGUCCAGCACAUGCCAUCACGUGGCUCCAUGGUCUUUCAGCCACUGGGCAUUGGGAGCCACCGCUAUGCUGUGCUGGGCAAUGACUACUCCUUCAGCCAGGUGUACCGCUACGAUGCCCGCUCGGGCCUCUUCGUCCGUUUCCAGGAGCUGAACACCCAGGCGCCCCGCUCUUUCGCCCACCUGGCCGUCCACCAGCGGGACUUCGUCUUUGCCGCCAGCUUCAAGGGAGACACGCAGAUCUACCGGCACAUCACCAUCGACCUGAGUGCCUGAGCCCCGCGCCAGGGCAGAGGGGGGCGCAGAAUGGGAUGCAGACAAUGAGAGGUGUAGCUCCAGGCAUGGCCACUGGGGGGCAGAGGAUGGAACUCAGACAAUGGGGGGGUGCAGCUCCGGGCAUGGCCACUUGGGGGGGGUGCACAGAAUGGAACGCAGACAAUGGGGGGGUGCAGCUCCGGACAUGGCCACCAGGGGGGCAGAGAAUGGAACACAGAUAAUGGGGGGGGGGCGUGCAGCCCUGGGCAUGGCCACUGAGGAGGCACAGAACGGGCUUCAGACAAUGGGGGUGCAGCACCAGCCAUGGUCAGCAGGGGUGCAGAAUGGGACAAGGACAAUGGGGGUGCAGCAUAGGCUGUAGCUACUGGGGGGUGCAGAAUGGGCUGCAGACAACGAGGGGGUGCAGCACCGGCAUGGCCACAAAGGGCACAGACAAUGAGGGUGCAGGCACAGCCACCAGAGAAGCAGACAAUGGGGGUGCAGCACUGGCCAUGGCCACUGGAGACACAGAUAAUGGGGGUCCACCAUGGGCACGGCCACGAAGGGCGCAGACAAUGAGGGUGCAGCACCGGCCACGGCCACCAAAGCUGCAGACAGUGGGGGGUGCAGCACCGGCCAUGGCCACUGGAGUCGCAGACAAUGUGGGUGCAGCACCGGCCACGGCCACAGGAGAUACAGACCAUGAGGGUGCAGCAUCAGCCACGGCCACCAAAGCUGCAGCCAAUGGGGGUGCAGCACCGGCCACGGCCACCGGAGACACAGCCAAUGGGGGUGCAGCACCGGCCACGGCUACCGGAGAUGCAGCCAAUGG